CUUCUCCGGGGUCGCCCCUCCUUCACCUGCCUCAGUCCACUUUCUGUCUUGUCCCUGCUCUUUCAUUAUCUAAUUUUCCUUCUUCAAACCUUGUCGCAGGGGCGCUCAGGAUUUUAAGCCUCCUCCCAGGUUACCCAUCAGAAUGUCCACUAACUGGUUCCGCAUGAUUGAUGUGGUUGAAAAGUUGUGCUACUUGAGUGUCUUUCAGGAGCUCUCCUGCCUUGGCCCCUCACCCCUGAAAAUGUAUGCCUGCUCCAAGUUCGUCUCUGCCCGCUCCUUGGGCGGCAGCAGCUUGGCAGUGCAGCAGCCUCUGACCUCACUCAUCUCUAGCCACAGCUUCCACACCAGUACCGUUUCAAGGGACAUCGACACGGCCGCCAAGUUCAUUGGGGCCGGGGCUGCUACAGUUGGGGUGGCUGGCUCUGGGGCUGGGAUUGGAACUGUUUUUGGGAGCCUCAUCAUUGGCUAUGCCAGGAACCCUUCCUUGAAACAACAGCUCUUCUCCUACGCGAUUCUGGGCUUUGCCCUCUCAGAGGCCAUGGGGCUCUUUUGCCUAAUGGUGGCCUUUCUCAUCCUCUUCGCCAUGUGAAGCAGCUGUUUCCACUUCUGCCUCCCACAGCUCUUUCGUGUCCCGUCUGCCCUGUGCGCUCCUUGUCCUGAGCCCGCCAGGAAGUCUUGGGGAAGUGCUUGGCUCGGGGUUUGACAGAGAAGACAAAUAAAUGCUGUAUUAAUAAGA